AUGGUAUUGGAUACAUUGGCAGCAAAUACUCUUUUUGCAAAAAAGAAUAAGUGCAGGUUUGCUUGUGAGGAGAUUGAAUACUUGGGCCACUUAGUCUCUGCAAAGGGUGUCAAAGCAGAUCUAGCCAAGAUCAAGGCAAUGCUCGAGUGGCCUCUACCAAAAUCCCUUAAGUCAUUAAGAGGAUUUCUUGGUCUAACUGGUUACUACAGAAAAUUUGUCAAAGGGUAUGGCUCCAUUGCUGCCCCAUUGACAAAUUUGUUGAAUAAGGAUGCUUUUAAUUGGGGGAGUGAAGCUACUGUAGCAUUUACAGAUCUAAAAGAGGCUGUGACAAACCCACCUGUCUUGGCUUCACCAGAUUUCUCUAAGCUAUUUUUGUUGGAAUGUGAUGCUUCCGAUCGAGGGAUUGGUGCUGUCUUGAGUUAG